ACCGCGAAACAAGAGAAAGACCAAUAAACUUUCGACGGCGGACUGAUUAUGGAGAAUUGAAAUGCCGCUUUCCUGCGGAGUCUAGGCCGCAUCUCGGAGCUUUCCCGCAGCGAGUCACCGGAAAAUAUCGAAACCCUGAAUUCUUCUGAUUUCGUCUGAAGAAAGGAAGAAGCAAAUGGACGCCGCGGUGGUCGACCCUGGCUCCAAGCUUCUCAAAGCCGGGCUUGCCAUGCCGGAUCAGGCUCCCUCUAUGAUAAUUCCUACCCACAUGAAACGCAUGCCUGAGGAUGGAUCAGUUACUGAUAAUUCACCAUUUGAGGAUGUGACUGUUGAUCCAGUUGUUCGGGGGUUCAUAAAGGAUUGGGAUGCUAUGGAGGACUUAUUGCACCAUGUUCUAUAUACUGGACUUGGAUGGGAAAUUGGCAAUGAAGGACAGAUAUUGUUCACGGAUCCACUUUCUACCCCCAAGGCUAUCAGAGAACAGUUGGUGCAAUUGAUGUUUGAGACAUUCAACAUCUCAGGAUUUUAUGCAUCUGAACAAGCUGUAUUAUCACUUUAUGCGGUAGGGCGUAUAUCAGGAUGCACCGUUGAUAUUGGUCAUGGGAAAAUAGAUAUUGCACCAGUAAUUGAAGGUGCUGUUCAUCACAUUGCUUCACGAAGACUUGAAAUUGGAGGCAUUGACUUGACAAGGUUGCUUGCCCAAGAACUAGGAAAAUCCCAUCCAAUGGUGAAUAUCACCACAGCUGAUGUUGAGAAAAUUAAAGAAUUGUAUGCUUGUUGUGCUGAAGAUGAGUUGGCUUAUUCAAAAAUUGGUGCUUCAUGUCAGCUUGAGACACACACCCUUCCUGAUGGGCAGGUAAUAACAAUUGGAAGGGAAAGAUAUACUGUUGGUGAGGCAUUAUUCCAGCCACAAAUUUUGGGUUUGGACACACAUGGAAUUGUUGAGCAGCUUGUUCGGACAAUUUCAACAGUAUCAUCUGAUAAUCAUCGGCAACUAUUGGAAAAUACUGUUCUAUGCGGAGGAACUUCUUCAAUGACUGGAUUUGAAGAACGAUUUCAGAAAGAAGCAAGUCUCUGUUCAUCUGCUGUUCGUCCUGCUCUCGUGAAGGCUCCAGAAUACAUGCCAGAGAAUUUGUCCUUGUAUUCAGCAUGGAUUGGAGGUGCUAUACUUGCAAAGGUUGUCUUCCCCCAAAAUCAGCAUAUAACCAAGGCUGACUAUGAUGAAAAUGGGCCUUCAAUCGUUCAUCGGAAGUGCUUUUAAUGACCUUCUCUAAUACAAAUCUUUCAGUAUUUAUUUCUCUUCCUACUUUUAGAAUAUUAUAUAGAUGUACAAUGGUAGGAAACCAGUUAUGUACGAUGGAGGCUCUAUAGUUAUAAGAGUAUGGAUCUGUAUUUAGCCUAAAUGUAAGUUAUCAUAUCCAUUAAUGCUGUAACAUAAUACAUCAUGAAAUGGGAUUUUGGAUCCUUCCAUUUAGAACUCAAGUGAAUUAUUUGAACAGUUAGUUUUGUCACCUCCGCUCAAUKUUUCAUUUUCAAGCGGCAUUAUCAAAGAUGUGGAGACUACUUCAGUGA